AUGGAUGGAACUACCUAAGUAUUUGGUAGUGGAGAUAACUCUAUACAUUUAUGGGAUAUUAAAACAGGAUAAUAAAAAGCAAAAUUAGAUGGUCAUUAAACUGGAGUCAACUCAGUAUGCUUCUCUUCUGAUGGAACGAUAUUAGCCUCUUGUGGUUAUGAUAAGUCCAUUCGUUUAUGGGAUGUUAAGACAGGAUAACAAAAAGCCUAAUUGAAUGGUCAUAGUAAUGGUGUCUUAUCAGUAUGCUUCUCUCAUGAUGGAAAAACAUUAGCAUCUUCCAGUGAAUAUAAGUCUAUAUAUUUAUGGAAUGUUAAAACGGGAGAAAAAAUUGAAAUUUCAAACAAAAAGUAUAAAUAUUAUCAGGAAUAAUUUAAGACAUUUUAAAAUUAAAACAACCAACUUGCAGAAAGUAUUAUUUAUUAAUUUAUUUUUAGUAACUUCUAAUAUUACUAUACUCCUAAUUUCGCAAUAGGCAAUAUUUUAAGCAUAAGGAGCCCUGAUACUUAAAGGAGAAUUUGUUAAUCACUAAGGCAUAAAUAUUAGCUCAUUAUUUAAAUCAAAAGGAAGCUUUUUUUUGGAUAAACCUUUAGAAUUAAAUUAAAAGAAAAAUGAAAAUUGUUUAAUCUUUUGA